AUGGCGUCUGGAUCGCAGGUUUCGGGAUUGUCUCCAAUGGCUGCUUCCUUACUCGAGACCGGGAAGUGGUCUGAUCUCGAAAUCAAAUGCAAAGACAGGCAUUGGCGUGUACACAAGGCCAUCAUCUGCCUACAAUCGAAGCCACUGGCUGCGGCUGCUGACGGCGGUUUCCUGGAGAGUCAGACUGGUACCAUCGAUUUGAGCGAUCAUGACCCAGACGUUGUCAACUACAUGAUUCAAUUCAUGUAUACUGGUGAUUACAAGGUCGUUCCAGUCCCGGAAGCUAAGGAAAGCAACGUCGAAUCCCAAGCACCAGUACAGGCCGCUGUUGAGAUCAAAAAGAGCCGAGAGGAAGCCGAGAAGAACCUGCUUGUUCACACUGCAGUGUACAUGCUCGGAGAAGAGAAAGACAUUGCCGGGCUUAAGGCGCUGUCGACUAAGAGGUACGAGGCUCUACUUCCUGAAGUUUGGAACAGCGAGGCCUUUUGUCAGAGCCUUGAGUUGAUAUUCGAAGGAACGCCAGCAAGCGACCGUAUGCUAUGGGACGUAGCUAUUGCGCAUGCGGGCACCCAUGCCAAAGUCCUGAUGGACAGUGGAGAGUUCGUUACGUUUUGGAAGAAGCAUGGAGAAAUCGGAUAUGAGAUGUGGAAGUCGUACAUUAAGAUGACGAACUUGCCUGCUCCACCUGAGUUGUUGAAGCCAACUGGUUGUCCUGAUGUCGGCCCCGAGCAUGCGAGAAUGGUUGUGAAGGGUAGGAAGACUGCGUUCUUUUGUGAGGGCUAUCGCAAGGCUUUUGAUUGAUGGGAGGAUAAGUUCAGUUGCUUUUGUGUUUUUGUUCGGUAUGGGCAUGUGGAUCGAGGCAAGAUGACGGUCAGAGAAAUGUGGAUGACUUUAAAUCGUGAGAUUCGUCUCUGUGCAU